AUGUCUUCCUCUAACAACUCUAACACUGUUUUAUCUCCUAUCGAUUUGAAUGUUCUUCCGUCUGAGGCUAAGCCAAUCUAUAGGCUCACGCAUAAAUAUAAAUUACAGGACGCUAUCGGCUUAAAAGAUCAAAAGCAGCGCUGGCUCAGCUAUUUAGAUAUGAUGAGGGAGUGUCUUUAUGAGAAAAAUGUGGAUUUUGCUUUAAGUUAUAGAAUCCAAAAGACCUUGUUUAAGAAGAAAGCUCCCGAUUUUCCUGUAACUGCAGGUGACUGGGCUGUCAAAGAAAUGUUAAUCAGUACCAUUCAAAGAAAACGAUACUAUUUAAACAAAAAAAAAAAUCGAACUCUUCCAGUGCAAGAAGAAGCAGCACAAGAAGUGCAAGAAGAAGCAGCACAAAAAGUGCAAGAAGAAGUGGCACAAGAAGUGCAAAAAGAAGUAGCACGACAAGAAGAAACACGAAGAACACAAGAAGAAUCUCCAGUACUUCCUCUGCAACAAGAAUCUCCUUUAGAAGCACCACAAAAUAGCCAAAAAAAAAAGAAAGACGUGGAAGAGGUAGAAAAUGAAAAAUAUAGAUAUUAA